CAAGUUAUAUGCAGAGAGUUUUCGCCCACUUCCACAACAGAUCCCACAGAGCGCACUGACCGGACAGAGAGAAAGGGGGGGGGAUAUUUCUUGGCAGCGAUCAUUUUCUCUCAUAGUGGCUGUGGAGACUCAUAUCUGCGGUUGGAUAGUCAGUCGGUCGGUCAGUUCGCCCCUUCAGCCUUCACCCGCAACUUCGUCUCUUCGCCGCAGCUGACGAACAAGGGGGUUCAUGAUCACCAGGAAGCUCUUCAUUUCUUCAUACCUGGAUUAACUCUGCAGACGGCAAUAUUUUUCUUUUUAUUUCUUUGCUGUUGUUUUUUUUUUCUUCUAACGGAGAACACCCUUUUUCUCUGUCAAAAUGUUGUGGAAAUUAGCCGACAACGUGAAAUAUGAGGAUGACUGUGAGGAAAGGCACGACAGCAACAGCAAUGGCAACCCCCGGCUGCCUCACCUGCCAGCGGUCAGUCAGCACCUCUACAGCCCGUCUCCGUCCCUCUCACACUCGGCCAGUUCGGACUUCCAGCCCCCGUACUUCCCGCCUCCCUACCAGCCCAUCUCCUACCCACAGUCCAGUGACCCUUACUCCCACCUCGGCGACCCUUUCAACAUCAACUCCAUACACCAGUCGCCGUCGUCGAACCAGCAGCAGUGGCCCGGCCGACAGGGCCAGGACGGGCUCGGCGCGCACGGGAGGAGCGGCCUGGCGAGUCAGAUCCUGGGCCUGGAGGGAGGCUCGUCCGGGAUGAGGAGGGAAGGGUUCCGGCGGCCGGAGCUGCUGCCUCCGCACGCUCACAGCAUAGAUUCAUCGGUCAUCGGCGAUAACAUGGGGAUGCACGACAUGGGGCACGGACUGGAGGAUGUUCAACAUGUAGAUGACCACAGUAUUAUAAUGGCAGAUCAGACAGUCAUCAAAAAAGUAUUAGGACUACGAGGUGGCAGGAACCUUGAUCGCUUACAGAGGACUUAUUAUCAGGGGGGCAUUCUUGCGGGGCCUGUCACUCUACCCAAAGGCAACGCGCUAGGUCUUCCUUUCCAGAAGGAGUCCCUGCUGGGCAUGGUGUCAAACCCAACAGAGGUAUUCUGCUCCGUACCGGGCCGUCUUUCCUUGCUGAGCUCCACAUCCAAGUACAAGGUUACCGUGGCCGAGGUCCAGAGACGUCUGUCACCCCCUGAGUGCCUCAACGCGUCGCUGCUGGGAGGGGUUUUACGCAGAGCCAAGUCAAAAAAUGGAGGCCGCUCUCUGAGAGAAAAGCUGGAUAAGAUCGGGCUCAACCUGCCUGCAGGAAGAAGAAAGGCAGCUAAUGUCACUCUACUUACAUCUCUAGUAGAAGGUGAAGCUGUUCACUUAGCAAGAGACUUUGGUUACGUGUGUGAAACAGAGUUCCCUGCAAAGGCAAUUGCUGAAUACCUGGGCAGGCCGCACGUUGAACGCAAUGAGGUUAACUCUCGCAAGAACAUGCUCCUAGCUGCCAAGCAAAUCUGCAAAGAGUUCACUGACCUGCUUACUCAGGACCGUUCACCUCUGGGAAACUCUCGGCCGGCCCCCAUCAUGGAGCCUGGAAUCCAAGGCUGCCUGACCCACUUCAGCCUCAUCACUCACGGCUUCGGCUCUCCGGCCAUCUGUGCCGCCAUGACCUCGCUUCAGAACUACCUGAACGAGGCGCUCAAACAAGUGGACAAGAUGUACCUGAGCUCUGGUAGCGACACCCAGGGAUCCUCAGACAGUGGAAGCAAAUCUACCGACAAAAUGGACAAGCACAGGAAAUGAGAGCUCAAAGGAGAAUCCUUAUGAACUUGAGAACCCCUGAGUCCCUUAAUCUUGCUGCCCUGUCUGCCCUUUUUGGACUUUUUAAAAAAUCAAUAUUGAUUGAUAAGUAUUGUCAUUUUGAGAGCUGAAUUUGUGUGUGUGUGUGUGUGUGUGUGUGUGAGAGUAUGUGUGUACUCACACUGUUGAAUUUAUAUCAUAUUUUUUGUGAAGUUAAUGAUUUCUAAGAGCUUGUCACAGCUGGCUGCAAAUCAGUCUGUGUUGGCACAUAUUGGAGCCCAUCUUGUGAGGGCGUAAUACACACCAUAUCAUACUAACCACUAUGCAGUCCAUACAGUUGCCAAUGUGCUGAUGCUACAACCAUGAGACCUUGACAAGAGAAGGGAAAGAACAAAGUGCAUACUGUUUUUUUCUCCCUAGAGGACAUCAUUUCAAGAUGAGUUGCUGUGGCUGUGAAUUCCUCUCAGCCCCCCCCCCACCCUCCCUCCUGCUCUGUCUGGAGGCAAAUCCACUGAUUUCCUGUGUCUCAAUGGACUUGCAAAGGACAAUUUUUUUAUAUGAGAAAGAGAGAGAAGAAAAUCCACUUCAUUUUUUGUGCUUGAUUUGUACAACCACUUCAAAAUGGCUCCAGUGUUAUUGUGCUUUGUUCAUGAGAGAUGAUUUGAAUCUUAUGUAGGCCUGAAUGAGAAAAGACAAUUUUUGGUUUGUCAGUCUGCAUUCAGUCAGAAACCAGAAACUUUAAAGCCUCUUCAGUGUUCAUGUGGAUUACAGACAUAGCAAUGCUUCCAUUCUUACUCUAUCUUUUAAACCUGGCAGCGAGAACACGUUUAUUUUUGUGACCACGUUAGGUAUUCAUCUUCCUUAGUAUUUAAAAGCUUUCACCAUCAACCUAUCGACCAGUUCAGUCCUACCAGAGUGUAUGUAUGUUGUGAGAAUGUGUGUAAAUGUAUAUAUUUCUUUCUCUAAAAAUGUUUUUAAUUAGACAUUAAAUUCCAAACAUAGAAUUUUAUCCAGUGUCUCAUCCUGGAUGUAAAUAUUUUCUAAUUUAUGUUGUAAUUUAAUGGGCUUGUGUAAAUAAUGGUAUCAUUCUGGUGUAUGGUUUCACUUUUUAUGAUGAUGUGUUGAACUUUUAUAAAUGGGUUAGUUUUUUAUCAAGUAGAGGUUAGGAAGUGGGCAUGAUAUACUUUUUUGAAAACAUGUUUAAAAAAAAAACUGUUUUAAAGUUUCAGGAAAAAUAAAAAUAAA